AUGUCGGCGCCGUCAAAUUCAACGGCUUCCUCCUCCGGGGGCGCAUCCACUGCUGGUCAGGGACAAGCCUCCGGUUGGACUGCCGAUAUGGAGAACGAUUCGCUCUCCAACUACCUACUCUGGAUCAUUGCCAUCAUUUCUGGCUGUGUUAUCAUUUGGCGAGUCACAGGAUCCCUAGUCAAGUACAUUCGCCAUGUCAGUUGCAUGAACAAUGACACCCAGCGUUACUUCGCAUACGUCUCUGGAAAGGUCGCAUGGGUCAAGAAAAACAUUCUGUACUCGCCAAUUUUCAGCAAACGACGCAACCGCGAGUUCCAAUUGAGCUCAGCUGUCAACAUGGGCACACUGCCCACUCGAUUCCAGCUUUUCUUCCUGGUUGGAUAUCUGGCAACCAAUGUUGCCUUCUGCGUGGUCCAUAUUCCCUUUGAAAGUUUCACCGAUGGUGGAAAGCAACUGAGAAACCGCAGCGGUACUCUAGCGGUCGUCAACAUGAUUCCGCUCUUCAUCAUGGCCGGUAGGAACAAUCCCCUGAUUAAUUGGCUGGGUAUUUCCUUCGACACUUUCAAUCUCAUGCACCGUUGGUUUGGUCGUAUCGUCGUUCUGGAGGCUGUAUGCCAUACUCUCGCCUACCUUGCCGUAUCUGCCCAGACGAACGGAUGGGGAACCGCCUUUAUGACCCUCUUCAAGGUCCCAUUCCUCAUGUGGGGAUUCGUUGCAACUGCUGCCUUCGUCGUUAUCUUCUUCCAGGCCUCUAGCAUCUCGAGGCACGCUUUCUAUGAGAGCUUCAAGAUCUUGCACAUUGGCAUGGCUGCCCUGUCGAUUGCCGGACUGUGGUAUCAUUUGGGCCUCAAGGAUCUCCCUCAGAUGAAGUGGUUGGUUGCCGUUGUCCCGAUCUGGGUGAUCGACAGAGCCCUUCGUUUCAUCCGCAUUGCGUACAACAACUUUGGCAACGGUGGGACAUCGACCCUCGUGGAGGCGCUUCCCGGAGAUGCAUGCCGUGUGACAGUCACCAUGGCCCGCCCCUGGACCUUCAAACCUGGGCAGCAUGCUUACCUAUACAUGCCCGCCAUCAGCCUGUGGCAGUCUCAUCCGUUUUCUGUGGCCUGGAGCGAGGAAGCCGAGAGCCUUGAUUCCGAGAAGCUUGCCAUGAACCGCCAAGAUGUCUUGGCCAUGCGAAAAACGUCCAUGUCCUUUGUCAUUCGUGCGCGUACGGGUAUGACUAAAAACCUGUACGACCGUGCUGCGGCUCAGCCUGAGGGCCGACUUCUGACGACGUGCUUCGUUGAGGGUCCCUACGGCGGUUUGCACAUGAUGCAUUCCUACGGAACAGUGAUGCUGUUUGCUGGCGGUGUGGGCAUCACUCAUCAAGUUCCCCACGUCCGAGAUCUCGUUGCUGGUUACGCGAAUGGCACCGUUGCGACAAGAAAGAUUGUGCUGGUCUGGAUCAUCCAGAGCCCCGAGCAUUUGGAGUGGAUCCGGCCUUGGAUGACCGAGAUCCUCGCCAUGGAGAAGCGACGGGACAUUUUGCGAAUCAUGCUGUUCGUGUCUCGGCCACGUUCGACCAAGGAAAUUCACAGCCCUUCUGCGACAGUACAGAUGUUCCCGGGCAGACCCAACAUUGAUACGCUUUUGGGCAUUGAAAUGGAGAACCAGGUCGGCCACAUGGGCGUCACCGUGUGCGGUCCCGGUGCAUUGAGUGAUGAAGUUCGUGACGCUGUCCGCCGACGGCAAUACAACGGCGCGAUCGACUUUGUCGAUGAAGCCUUCACGUGGUAA